GAUAGGACUUACGGCGAUAUGGAAAUAAGCAAUCCCGUUCUUGAUAGAGACCUAGAACUGGAAAGAGAGAGGGAGGUGUAUUAGAGCUGCAGGGGCUUUUUAAAAACCUUUGCCUUGCCAGUGACACUGAACAGUGUAGGAAGUGAAAGCAAAGAAGGAAGAAGGAAGGUUCCUAGUUAGUAGCAGAUUUGUUUCGAUCUCGAAAGUACAUAGGUGUGAUAAAAAAUGACUGAAGAAGUUCCAAUUUACGACUCAGAAUUAUUGAAGAAAUUUAACCUGGGUGAACGUUAUGAAACCUUGAAACAAGAUGAAAGUCUUCAUGUACGUCCCCUCUACAUGUCUGAUUAUGGUAGAGGAUUCCUAGAACUUUUAGGGGAACUAACUCAAGUAGGAAAUAUUUCUGAAAAGCAAUUCCAAGAACAAUUUCAGAUGAUGAAAAGCAGUCAUGGAACAUACUACUGUACUGUGAUAAUUGACACAAUCAAGGAUCGUGUAGUAGGUGCUAGUACUUUAUUGAUGGAAAGAAAAUUCAUUCGUGGUUGUGCAUGGAGAGCUCGUUUGGAAGACGUCGUCGUAAGCCCAGAUUAUCGGGGAAAGCAACUAGGAAAAUGCAUUGUUGAGAUACUCACAAAUCUGGGGAAAGCUCUUGGGGCCUAUAAAAUGACAUUAGAUUGUAAUGAUAAGAUGCUAACAUUUUACAAUCAGUUAGGCUAUGCUAAAGAACCAGGAAAUUCAAAUGUCUUGAGCAUACGCUUCCCGGCGCCAAACCCAGAGCCAAAACUAUGAAACAAUCUUCCAAAAUUGCAAAAUCUUACUUUUGUUAUUGAUGUUGCUAACUGCUCUCUUGUUGACAAUUAUUAGAAAACAAGUAUUAAUUGAUAGAUUUGAAUUUUAACAGUUGAAACAUUCCAGCCAGGAUUGAGGUUUCCCAUCUUACUCCCCAUGUUUCCAGUUUUGGACUACUUUGCUCAUUGUCAUUACUGUGAAGUUUUCUGUUUGUUGAAAGGUGAUGGUCUUUAUUACCAUAAAAAUUAAAAUUUCAAUAAAUGUGCCGAGUGAUACAUAAAUCAGUA